AAAAAACAUCCAUCGGAUGGAUUACUUAGCCAAUUCGUCCUUCAAAUAGUCCCCAAACGUAUCUAAAAACCAAGCAGUGUACGAACUCACAAAAACACAUUAAAUAAUGGCUGCAUUACCUUCAAUUUCAUUCCCAACCUUACCCUUCCAAAACCCCAUUUUGUCCUUCCCCUCCCUCUCCUCUAUCCUGUCUCGGAUUCCCCGGAAACCAUCCAUUCUCAUCGCCGGCGUUCGCGAAACCACCCGCCUGAAAACUCUUUGCAAGCAGACGGAAGACGACAUGUCCGCUACCGUUCCGAUGACUGCGACGCCCCUCCUGCGUAACUCGGAGAACGAACCAUUUUUGGAUUCUAGAAAUCGGGCAGGAAAGGAGGAUAUGCUGACAACCAAUGUUCAACAAGAGACAUGCUCUUCGAGUAAAACUCACAAGAAUAGAUAUUCUUUAAACUCCAUCAAAUGCUUUGGCGUGGACCUAACCCCAGAUACCAUUGCAGUUGCAAUGGUGUAUUUCGUCCAAGGUGUUUUAGGCCUUUCUAGGCUUGCUGUCAGUUUUUACUUAAAAGAUGAUUUGCAUCUGGAUCCUGCGGAGACAGCUGUGAUAUCCGGUUUUUCAGCAUUACCGUGGCUUAUCAAGCCUCUCUACGGUUUUAUCAGUGACUCCUUCCCACUUUUUGGGUACCGAAGAAGAUCAUACUUGGUUCUAUCAGGGCUUCUUGGAGCGCUCUCGUGGAGUUUGAUGGCCACUUUUGUUGACAGCAAGUAUGGUGUUGCUUUUUGUAUACUUAUUGGAUCCCUUUCUGUUGCCUUCUCAGAUGUAGUUGUAGAUUCCAUGGUUGUGGAGAGAGCUCGUGGUGAGUCUCAAAGCAUGUCAGGAUCUCUUCAGUCUUUGUGUUGGGGUUCCUCGGCUUUUGGGGGAAUUGUAAGUUCCUACUUUAGUGGCUCCCUGGUGGAUGCUUAUGGUGUAAGGUUUGUUUUUGGUGUCACAGCAUUGCUUCCAUUGAUGACUUCUGCUGUUGCUAUGCUUGUGAAAGAGCAGCCCAUGCUUGGCCCAGAAAGGGGACAGAAUCUAUCUUUGACCAGUCCUGGCUUCUUUGAGAGCUCGAAACAUAGUAUUGUUCAGUUGUGGGAUGCUGUUAGGCAGCCCAAUGUUUUCCUUCCCACUUUAUUUAUAUUUUUGUGGCAGGCAACACCACAGUCAGAUUCAGCCAUGUUUUUCUUUACCACAAAUAAACUUGGUUUCACCCCAGAAUUUCUAGGACGCGUUAAGCUUGUGACUUCAGUUGCCUCACUUCUUGGUGUUGGAAUUUAUAAUGGUUUCUUAAAAAAUGUUCCUCUGCGGAAGAUAUUUCUAGUAACAACUGUUAUUGGUGCGGCUCUGGGAAUGACCCAGGUUUUCCUCGUUACUGGACUAAAUCGGCAGUUUGGCAUAAGUGAUGAGUGGUUUGCAGUUGGGGAUUCUUUGAUUAUAACGGUUCUCAGUCAGGCCUCUUUCCUGCCUGUUCUUGUGUUAGCAGCGAGAAUUUGUCCACAGGGAAUGGAAGCAACCCUUUUUGCGACCCUCAUGUCUAUAUCUAACGGAGGGAGUGUCCUUGGGGGGCUGAUUGGUGCUGGUCUGACCCAGCUCUUUGGUGUUACCAAGGACAAAUUUGAUAACUUAGCCUUUCUGAUAGUCCUCUGCAGUCUCAGCUCCUUGUUACCUCUACCACUUCUUGGCCUCCUCCCUGAAGAUAACUCUAGUGCGAAGUUAGAGAGUGAUGAUCUUGAGAUGAAGUCUAAUUGAUUUGGAUUCCGUGUUACAUAUGUAGGUAAAACAGCUUUUGAUAAUGUGCUUACUGGUUCAGGUCUUCAACCUGGAUGUAAAUUUUUGAAAUAAUUACACUGUUGGGUUUGGGUGUUGGGGGGAGAGAGAGAGAGAGAGAGAGAGAGAGAGAGAGAGAGAGAGAUGCAAAUAUC